GGCAGCCUCCCCAGACCUCAUUGCAAGCGUGGUCGACCGCGCCUUAGAUUACAGUUCGCGCUCCCUCCACGCGCCCUCCGACCGCCGACAGAGCCACCCGCACUCUCGUCUCGUGUUCUCCUUGCGGCCCGGACACAUAGUAUGACCUUUAGGUGUUUCGUCUCCCGGCCAUUUUCUAUGGAAAAGCAACAGAAUUGGGCCAUGAUAGCUACUGGCAGCUUUGAAGAAUGGGACGCCUUUAAAGAAGCUUGAUCUUGGAGGCCUCGGCGUGAGACCUUACAAAGCCGGAUUCCGGCAGAGUUCCUGUAUCUCGUCUUGUUGCUGGUUGAAGGUGACCCUUCUCCAAUUUUCCUUCAUCUCCUGGGAGGUAGCAGAAAAUUAGCACCAUGGUUGGGUUUAAGGCCACAGAUGUUCCCCCUACUGCCACUGUGAAGUUCCUGGGGGCCGGCACAGCUGCCUGCAUUGCAGAUCUCAUCACCUUUCCCCUGGAUACUGCAAAAGUUCGGCUUCAGAUCCAAGGAGAAAGGCAGGGGGCCGUGCGAGCUGCAGCCAGCCUCCAGUACCGUGGUGUGCUGGGCACCAUCCUGACCAUGGUGCGCACCGAGGGUCCCCGCAGCCUCUACAAUGGGCUAGUCGCUGGCCUGCAGCGCCAGAUGAGCUUCGCCUCUGUCCGCAUCGGCCUCUACGACUCUGUCAAGCAGUUCUACACCAAGGGCUCUGAGCAUGCUGGCAUCGGGAGCCGCCUCCUGGCAGGCGGCACCACAGGUGCCCUGGCUGUGGCCGUGGCCCAGCCCACAGAUGUGGUAAAGGUCCGGUUCCAGGCUCAGGCCCGGGCUGGAGGUGGCCAGAGGUACCAAAGCACUGUUGAUGCCUACAAGACCAUUGCCCGAGAGGAAGGGUUCCGAGGACUCUGGAAAGGGACAUCUCCCAAUAUUGCUCGUAAUGCUAUUGUCAACUGUACUGAGCUGGUGACCUACGACCUCAUCAAGGAUGCCCUCCUGAAGGCCAACCUCAUGACAGAUGACCUUCCUUGCCACUUCACUUCUGCCUUCGGGGCAGGCUUCUGCACCACCAUCAUCGCUUCCCCUGUCGACGUAGUCAAGACGAGAUACAUGAACUCUGCCUUGGGCCAGUACAGCAGCGCUGGCCACUGUGCCCUCACCAUGCUCCAAAAGGAGGGUCCCCGAGCCUUCUACAAAGGGUUCAUGCCUUCCUUUCUCCGUUUGGGCUCCUGGAACGUGGUGAUGUUCGUCACCUAUGAACAGCUGAAACGGGCCCUCAUGGCUGCCUGCACUUCCCGGGAGGCGCCCUUUUGAGCCUCUCCUGCUGCCAACCUGACCACCUCUGGCUUGGCUUCCACUCCAGCCAGGCCCUGCUUCCCUUUUCCUCCUCCCCUCCUUCCCUUCCCGCACUGUCCACCCCUCACCCCUUCCUCUUCCCAUUUCUACCACCUCUCUUCCCUCUCCCCACCUCAUCUCACCUCCUCCCUACCUCAUCGCCCCAUUGCCUGAGUCUCAGUCCUGGUGGAGUUGACCCCAGUUGACACUGGGAGGCCUGUCACCAGCCAGGGUCCCAAGCCCCAGUCCCUUGAAAAGUUCAACCCAUCUCUUUCUCCUGUCCCCAAGCCCAGCGAGCAUGUCACCCAUAAAAUAAGCUCAACGUU